AACAUGUGAAGCUAUGACAAAAUAAAACAAUGUUAUAUUUGGCAUUGACUAGGUCCAUCUCUAAGCUUUCAGUCACGAAUAUGGCAACUAAUUUUAGUAGAGAAUAUGAAUCACUAGAAUGGAUGACAGAGAAAAUUUCAUGAAUCACCGAACAACCUUUGAACUUUAAAGGAAUCGUCAAAAAUAAAAAGAAAAUAAUAGUAAACACUCUUAUUUCCUUUUCUUUUUCUAAUAACCUUUUCAUUUGACCAUUUUUUCAAAGUAAUUUCUCUAACUAAUUUUCAACAAGAAUAUGAUACCAAGAGUGCACAUUUCUUUUCUCUUCUCUUUCUUAGGUACCCUUUCUCUCUUCUUUCUCUCUUGUAAGGCAAUUCUUCCUAUAAUCCAGUAGUUUGUACCUCGGAUUCAGCAUCUUUAUGCCUUUAGCUGCAUCACAAGCAAUAUCUAUGAACAUUUGUAUCAUUUUACUUGCGGUGUUCUAUGUGCAGGUUAAAACUUGGAACUUGAUGAUUGCAAAAUGACCCAACUAAUGUUAUGAUCACUUGGAAGCAUUGGCAAGAAAGAAGACACAUAUUGGUGUUGUUUGUUCACAUAUUGGUGAAAAAAAUAAUAUCUGGGUAGCAAGAGUAUAUUGCAGUAGUAAUAUGAGCUUUCUCAAUUCAAUUUUAUCUGCUCCAACCCAGGUUCAAAAUUCCCAGGAUGCAAUUGUGAGCGGUGGGGGUCUAAGUCAUAAUGGAAAAUUCAGCUAUGGGUAUGCUAGCUCUCCCGGCAAGAGAUCUUCAAUGGAAGAUUUUUACGACACAAGAAUUGAUGGUGUUAAUGGUGAAAUCGUUGGCCUUUUCGGAGUUUUUGAUGGUCAUGGUGGUGCUCGUGCUGCUGAGUAUGUCAAGAAAAACUUGUUUAGUAAUUUGAUCAGUCACCCAAAAUUCAUUUCUGACACCAAAUCAGCAAUAUCUGAUGCAUAUAAUCAUACCGAUUCUGAGUUUCUGAAGUCAGAAAAGAACCAAAAUAAAGAUGCUGGUUCAACUGCUUCCACUGCGAUUUUAGUUGGUGAUCGCUUGCUUGUUGCAAAUGUUGGGGAUUCCAGAGCUGUCAUAUGCAGGGGUGGUAAUGCUAUUGCUGUUUCUCGAGACCACAAACCGGACCAAACUGAUGAGAGGCAGAGGAUUGAAGAGGCUGGAGGAUUUGUUAUGUGGGCUGGAACUUGGAGAGUUGGAGGUGUUCUUGCUGUUUCUCGAGCAUUUGGUGAUAGACUCUUAAAGCAAUAUGUUGUUGCUGAUCCAGAAAUUCAGGAAGAAAAAGUUGACAAGUCCCUUGAGUUUCUUAUCCUAGCUAGUGAUGGACUAUGGGAUGUUGUCACAAAUGAGGAAGCAGUUACUAUGAUUAAACCAAUUGAGGAUGCUGAAGAAGCAGCAAAGAAGUUGAUGCAAGAAGCAUAUGGGAGAGGUAGUGCUGACAAUAUCACAUGUGUUGUGGUUCGCUUCUUGACUAACCAUGGCACUUCUUCUCAUGGUAAUUCUGGAGUUAACCAUGGCACUUCUUCUCAUGGUAAUUCUGGAGGUAACCAUGGCACUUCUUCUCAUGGUAAUUCUGGAGGUAACCAUGGCACUUCUCAUGGUAGUUCUGGAGGUAACCAUGGCACUUCUCUUGGUAGUUCUGGAGAUAACCGUGGCACUUCUUCUCAUGGUAAUUCUGGAGGUAACCAUGGUAGUUCUGGAGGUAACCAUGGUACUUCCCAUGGUACUUCUGGAGGUAACCAUGGAACUUCUCAUGGUAGUUCCGUAGGUAAUCAUGGCACUUCCCAUGGUGAUUCUGGACAUAACCAGGGCAUUUCUCAUGGUAGUUCUGGAGGUAACCAAAGCAUUUCUCAUGGUAAUUCUGGAGGUAACCAAGGCAUUUCUCAUGGUAGUUCUGGAGGUAACCAAGGCAUUUCUCAUGGUAGUUCUGGAGGUAACCAGGGCAUUUCUCAUGGUGGUUCUGGAGGUAACCAUGGCAAUUCUUCUCAUAGUAGUUCUGGAGGUAACCAAGGCAUUUCUCAUGGUGGUUCUGGAGGUACUCAUGGCACUUCUUCUCAUGGUAGUUCUGGAGGUAACCAUGGCACUUCACAUGGUAGUUCUGGUGGUAACAAUGGCAUUUCUCAUGGUGGUUCUGGAGGUAACCGUGGCACUUCUUCUAUUGGUAGUUCUGGAGGUAACCAUGACACUUCUUCCCAUGGUAAUUCUGGAGGUAACCAUGGCAUUUCUCAGGGUGGUUUUGGAGGUAACCAGGGCACUUCUUCUCAUGGUAAUUCUGGAGGUAACCAUGGCACUUCUCAUGGUAGUUCUGGAGGUAACCAUGGCACUUCUCAUGGUAGUUCUGGAGGUAACCUUGGCAUUUCUCAUGGUGGCUCUGGAGGUAACCAUGGCACUUCUUCUCAUGGUAGUUCUGGAGGUAAUCAAGGGCCUUCUUCUCAUGGUAGUUCUGGAGGUAAUCAAGGCCCUUCUUCUCAUGGUAGUUCUGGAGGUGCUAAUAAGAACCCUCCGAAAGCUGGUUAUAAGUGAGUAAUGGAUCCAAAAAUCAGAAGACUUGGUCAAAAUUGGCUUAUAGCUGGUUGUGGUUAGUAAUAUAGCAGCUAUGGUGUUUCAACAAAAAUUAGAAAUAAAUUCCAACUCAUUAUGGCCCUGUUGCAUAACCAAAUCAUUAUCUCACUUCCAUGAUUUAGCCUAUAUUUUGUAUCUAGCAAAUGUGUGUAAUGUGUGGUCAGAGUUGUCAUGCACCUUCUGCAUGUAAACACGAUUCUUUUAGUUUGUCUAAAUUUCUUUCAUGGUUAGUUAUUUAUGUUAUAUGCAGCAGUCCUUUCCUACAUUCAUUGUAGCUUGUAUAGUAUACAUAAAAGAAUAUUGAUUUCCCUCCGCUUGCUA